GUAGUACGCUACAGUACUAAUAUAUAAAGCCAAGCCAAUCACGAAGCAUCAAAAAUAACCGUCCUCUCUCGCUUUCUCUCUCCGUUGGAUUUACUCGCUAAUCUCUCUCUCUUUCCUUCUCUUAUUCUAAUUCUAAUUCAGUUUCUAUUCUCGUUUGUAUCAUAAAAUAACCGCCUCGAUCCUCAGGUCACGCUAAUUAUAAGAAGAAAUUGAAAAUUGGAGCCCUAAGUGAAUAAUUGUAAUUUAAAGGGUGAAGGAACAAAGCAGCAGGUCGGGUUUUUUUUUUUUGUUGUUGUGGCCGAGACCGCUUUUAAUUUGUGAGGAAUGGCAGAGAAAUCGUGUGUUAAGCGCCUUCAGAAGGAAUAUAGAGCACUGUGUAAAGAACCAGUUUCUCAUGUGGUUGCCCGUCCAUCCCCAAAUGACAUUCUUGAGUGGCAUUAUGUGCUGGAGGGGAGUGAAGGAACACCUUUUGCAGGUGGGUAUUACUAUGGAAAGAUCAAGUUCCCUCCAGAGUAUCCCUACAAACCUCCUGGAAUCACCAUGAUUACCCCCAAUGGACGGUUUAUGACACAGAAGAAAAUAUGCUUGUCCAUGAGUGAUUUUCAUCCAGAAAGUUGGAAUCCUAUGUGGUCUGUGUCAAGCAUACUCACAGGGCUUCUUUCUUUCAUGAUGGAUAACAGUCCUACCACCGGCAGUGUGAACACUACUGCUGCUGAGAAGCAACGUCUGGCAAAGGCAUCCCUUGCUUUUAAUUGUAAGAACCCAACAUUCAGAAAAUUGUUUCCAGAGUAUGUGGAUAAGUACAACAAGCAGCAGCAGCAGCAGCUUGUUUCAGAGCAUUUAUCACCAGAAUCAACUAAAGAAGAAAAUUUGAAACCUGAGGCAGAAAAACGUGUCAAGUCUUCAGUGGAGGAUGGUAAAAGAGUAGAUCCCCUGAGGGAUACAAGAAGAAACAGAAAACAGUCAUUCCCAACGUGGAUGAUGUUGUUGCUAGUUUCCAUCUUUGGCAUUGUAAUGGCAUUGCCGCUGCUUCAACUUUGAUACGUGAGGCACAAGGUAUGGAAAAAGUAUGUAGUGGUUAGUGAUUAUACAGUUUCUAGUUGAGGGAAUCAUUUUCAAUGCUCCUUAGGCUUGUCGUGUACUUGAAAGAAUUAUAUAGGGGGUUUGAUUCCAAGGAGAGCCAGUUGGAUCUUGACUGAUGUUUCUCCUAUGUUCAGUUCAUGUUGGUAGUUUGCCCAUUGACACAUGGAAACAUUACAUGCCUGUAAUGUUGAUCGUAUUUUAGUUGGAGUCUGUUGGUCACUCUGGUUUUACAUUGUCUUCUCUCUCUCGCUCUCUCUCUCUAAUGCACACCCAAGGUCGUGGACUCAAUUCAUGGACUGAAAAUACAAAAAGGUUUAUCUUAGCUGUGAAAAUUGUGAACUUGUCCGGCACGAAGCCAAGCAAUGGACCAACUUCGCGAGAGAGGACGUGUUAAAGAACCAGAAGCUUUUCUUAAAAGUGAUUUGAGCUGUAUUAUGUAAAAUGGUAGGGUCAGUAUCUUUUUUUUUUUUGCACCUACUUUUAUUCUUUCUUCUUCUUCAAGUCUUAAACCACCAUUUUACCGUUGCUGUAAUAUGAAUGAAUGAACUUUAAGUUUCAUCCUCUUUAA